ACAACAAAGGCAAGAAGAGACAGAAAAAGAAAACCUGCUGGAUCAGCUCUCAAGCAACGGACUCGCCAGACGCCAUGCUGAGUACGAGAGGCAUGCCGAUGGCACCUAUACCAGUGACAUCAGCUCUUACUUGGAAGAGCAAGCAGCCAAGGAGUUCAUUGCUUGGCUAAUGAGCGGACGAGGAAGAAGAGAUUUGUCAGAAGGAACUGCGAAAGCUGUAAACAUUGCCAGAAGAUAUUCAGAAGGCACUUACAACAGUGAGCUCCAUGAAAUCCUGGACGAGAUUGCUACCCAAGAAUUCUUGAACUGGUUGCUUGAAGCAAAAGUCACUGAGAGGAGGAAGGCCCUUUGCGGGCUGAAGUGCAACAAGCUUCUAGCAGAGGGCCUGGGUGAGUGGCGUUGUGGAGGAGGCGUGCUUCCUCCCUCCUGGAGCCCCAGCCGAGUGCGAGGCGGCUCGCGGCCCCUGACCCACCUGGAGGUGUGGAGGAGCGUGGGGCGGGGUGCACGCCGGUCCCUGCUGGGAGUCGCAGCCAGUCGACGGUGGGACAGAAGGCCACCUAGAGGCCGCACCAUCGACAGAGCCGGCCCACGGCCCCUGACGGAGGCAGAGUGA